AUGCUAGUAGUCGGGCUCACAGGAGGUAUAGCCUGCGGCAAAUCCACCGUAUCUAUGAGACUAAAGGAGCAGUACAAAUUACCAAUUGUGGAUGCUGACCAAAUUGCUAGAGAGAUUGUGGCACCAGGGCAAGAUGCCUAUAAGAAGAUUGUCAAUCACUUUCAACAAAAGAUUCCAGAUCUCCUACAAUCUGAUGGAAAAUUGAAUAGGCAGGCUUUAGGCAAAUGGGUAUUCAGCAAUCGAGAUGAUUUGAAAGUUCUCAACAGUAUCACCCAUCCAGCUAUACGAUACGAAAUAUUUAGGCAAAUAUUGAAAUACUACUUAAAGGGCUAUAAAAUGUGCGUUUUGGAUAUACCGCUAUUAUUCGAGAGUAAACUUGAUACAUUUUGUGGAAUUACCAUUAGUGUCAUAUGCAAUGAAGAAACACAGCUACAGAGAUUGAGGAAAAGAAACCCCGAAUUAUCUAUCGAAGACGCACGCAAUAGAAUCGCUUCUCAAAUGCCUAUGAGUGACAGAAUUAAAUUGUCAGAUUUUGUCAUCGAAAAUAACGAUAGCAUCGCUACUUUAAAUGCGCAACUUCAAGGAGUAAUUUCCCAAAUAAAUCCCGGAUUUUUGAGGACAACGCUCGAAUACUUCCCGCCUUUUGGUACGGUCAGCGCACUCGCAAUUGUCGUCACAAAAUACUUGAGAAAAAGAGCUGUUGAUAAACAGUAA